ACUCUCACCCUCUUCCAAAUCACACAAAGAAUUAAUAUUGAAACCAUGGCGAUUAAAGCAAAGGUUUCUUUAGCCUUCUUCCUCUUCUUCCUGUUAUCCUUAUUAUGUUCAAACUUAGUCAUAAGCAAAGAAGAAAGAGAUCCAGAAAUCAAAACAUGUAAACAUCAAUGCAGACAGCAACUCCAAUAUUCUGAGGAGGACAAGAACGUAUGCAUGGAGGAGUGUGAUGAGUAUCAUCGUAUGAAGAAAGAGCGAGAGAAACGUAAAGAACAAGACCAAGAUGAAGAUGAAAAUGAAAAUCCUUAUGUUUUCAAAAGCAAAGAUUUUGACACAAGAAUCGAUACAGAGGAUGGUAGAGUUUUGGUUCUAAACAAGUUCAAUGAUAAAUCAAAGCUACUCCGAAACAUUGAGAAUUAUGGUUUGGCUGUUUUAGAAGUUAAAGGACAUGCUUUUGUUUCUCCACACCACUUUGAUUCCGAGGUUAUUAUCUUCAACGUCAAGGGAAAAGCUAUAAUUGGUUUGGUGAUGGAAGAUAAAACAGAGAGAUUCAACCUUGAAAGUGGUGAUAUCAUGAGAGUACCUGCAGGAACACCUAUGUAUUUGGUUAAUAGAGAUGAAAAUGAGAAGCUUUUUAUUGCAGCUUUGCAUAUGCCACCUCUCUCUGCUUCUGCUCCUGUAAAUCUUGAGGCAUUUUUUGAGCCAGGAGGGAGAAACCCAGAAUCAGUUCUCACAGCAUUCAGCUCAAAAGUGCUCCAAGCAGCACUAAAGACUCCAAAAGAGAAGUUAGAAAGGUUUUUUGACUAUCAAAGAAGGGAAAGAAUUUUCAAAAUAUCAAAAGAAGAUGUGCAUGGUUUGGCACCUAAAAGAAGCAUUUGGCCAUUUGGAGGACAAUUUAAGGGCCCCUUCAAUAUUUUCACCAACCGUCCAUCUUUCUCUAACCAAUAUGGUAGUCUCUUUGAAGUUGGUCCUUCAGAAGAAAAAAGUGGACUUGAUGAACUUAAUCUCAUGCUUACCUUAGCCAACAUCACAAAGGGAUGUAUGUCUACUAUUUACUACAACACAAAUGCAAACAAGAUAGCAUUUGUAACUGAGGGAGAAGGGGAUUUUGAGAUGGCAUGUCCACACUUAAAAGAAAAAAAGAGUAGCAGCACUUCAUACCACAAGAUAAGUGGUAGAUUAAAGGCUGGAAUGGUGUUUGUUGUUCCUGCAGGUCAUCCUUUUGUAACAAUGGCUUCCAAGAAGAAUAACCUUGUGAUUGUAUGCUUUGAGGUUAAUGCAGAAAGAAACAAGAAGCUUGCUUUUGCAGGGAAGAGGAACAUUGUGAGUGCAUUGGACAAGAGAGCUAAAGAAGUAGCAUAUGAGUACCCUGCAGAGAAGGUGGAUGAGAUAUUUGAAAGAGAUGAAGAAUUCUUUUUCCCUUAUGAAGAGGGGGAGGAGGAGGAGCGUGCUGAUGCGUGAGUAGUAACACGGUGGUUAUGUCAUGUAAAAUGAAAUAAAACUCCCACAAAUUGCUGCAUUAACAUGCAGCUAACCCAUUUGUGUUGUCCUGUUUUCUUUUCAUUUUUUUUAAAUCAAUAGCACCAAAUAAAAUCAAAAACUUAUGGACUACAUUCAAUCAUUAA